GCCGGAAGUGCGGUACCAUAGCGUCGGGCUUCACAGUUAUUAUUAAACGCUAGUUUCUGUGUCAUGACUUUAGCUCCGAGUUGCGUUUUCAAACUCCAAAAUGCGGCGUUACAUUCGUGCACUACUGCUGUGCACAGUGUUUGCCGUGUUUUCGGGCUUGUACGUUUACAGUAAGCUGCUUUACUCGGACGUACCGGUCGGAGUAAACGGACCGAAGAGGGGUUUCAUCCCACCGAGAGUCCCCGGAGGCAGGCGAGGGGCCGCGGACAAAACUGGGCCCCAAAGCCCACACUGGUACAAUAGGUACAUCAUGCGUCAGCGGGGUCAGGUGGAGGCGGCUGGCGGCCUUCAGAGCAGACCCGAACCUCCAAUGCACCUGGCCGUGGUGGCCUGUGGGGAGAGGCUGGAGGAGACUCUCACCAUGAUCAAGUCUGCUGUGCUUUUCAGCAUCAAGCGCCUCUACCUGCACAUCUUCGCUGAAGAUCAACUUCACGCCAGCUUCAUCGAGGCUCUGGAGUCGUGGCCUGGUUUUAUUCGCUCCAGGUUCAACUACACCGUCUACUCCAUCAGCUUCCCCAGUGAGAACGCAGCCGAGUGGAAGAAACUCUUCAAACCCUGCGCUUCUCAGAGGCUCUUCUUACCUCUGAUCCUAAAGGACGUCGACUCGAUCGUGUACGUCGACUCAGACAUCCUCUUCCUGCAGCCUGUAGACCGCCUGUGGGCGUUCCUGUCCCAGUUUAAUUCCACCCAGCUGGCUGCUAUGGCUCCGGAGCACGAGGAGCCCCGAAUCGCCUGGUACAACCGCUUCGCCCGCCACCCCUUCUACGGCAAGACGGGCAUCAACUCAGGGGUCAUGCUCAUGAACAUGACGAGGAUGCGGAGCAGGUUCUUCAAGAACGACAUGACGUCUGUGGGGCUGCGUUGGGAGGAGCUCCUGAUGCCUCUACUUCAGAAAUACAAACUUAACAUAACCUGGGGAGACCAGGAUCUUCUCAAUAUCAUUUUCCACCACAACCCUGAGUGCCUGCAGGAGUUUCCGUGCCAGUGGAAUUAUCGUCCAGACCACUGUAUCUACGGCAGUAAUUGUGAGUCAGCUGAAGAAGACGGCAUCUACAUACUGCAUGGGAACAGAGGGGUUUACCACGACCACAAGCAGCCUGCCUUCAGAGCUGUUUACGAGGCCAUACGAAAGUACUCUUUUGGUGCCGACCCGGUGACCUCUUUGCUGGAUCCUCUGGAGGAGGAACUGUUGAAGACGACACACACUUAUUGUGGUAAAUCCCACCCGCUCUUCACCAGGAGACUGGCACACAGCCUGACAAACAUCAACAGGAAGGCCCCGCGUGGACGGUGACAAAAAUGAAUCACAAUGACGGGACGCAGGCCAAAAGGAGAGAGACGGUGCUUUAGCCUAACUUUUCUUUUUUUUUUACAAGCCUGGUCAGAAAAACAAGGAAACAAUGCCGAUUGUGACUGGCCGUACAAACUCGCCCUUGAGCCAAAAUCUGUACAGUUUACUUAUAAUCUUGCAAGCUGAACCUUUGACAAAAUAAAUGCAACCACUACAGAAACUGUUUAAAUGCUAAUGAACACAAGUUGUUCAAGACUACUAAUGAGUUGAGCUUUUAGAUAUUUCUGUCAACAGUUGAUUAAAGCUCAAUUAGACAGUUGGGAUUGUCUCAGACUGAGACUAAUAACUGCUCACCUCUUGUAAGUUGCUCUGGAUAAGAGCGUGAUGUAAAUGCUUGAAAUCGACUGUAAAUGUCUCAAAGGCCGGUCGGCCGUGUAGCAAAGUACUGGACUUAGAGAAAAAUAUUGAUUACGCUUGUAUAUUUUUUUUUUUCCCCAGGUGUUUCUGUUACAGACUUUCACAACAUUUAUAUUUUACUUGGGAUUUUCUUUUUCUUUUUAAACCAACAAGCAUCUAGUCUCUUUCAUGUAAUAAUUUUAUCCUCUCAGUGCCUUUGGUGAAUGUUCGUCAUGGUGCAAAAGAUGUUUAAAAGUUUGGAAGAGUAGCUCUUGACUUUCCAUAUUGGAGAAUUUAUUGAACCUUGUGAAACACUCUUAUUAAAAGAGACAAAAAUCAUAUCACAACUGGACAAAGGCUUCCAGCAGAGCCCUUUUUUUGAGAGAUGUAUGCACUAGACCACUUUUUUAACCUUCAGAAACCACUUUAUUACCAACAAGAUGGAAGAGAAGUCAUUUCAGAGAACAUGCAUGGAAGAAUAAUAAUUUCUGAAUUCUCAACUGUGUAAAGUGAUUAUGUGAACAGUUUCUGGAGUAGUUCUCUAUAUGUGAUUUUCUGCAGUGGCAGAAGUUGAGUGUAUGAACCCUCAGAGUACUGUCUUCCUGACUAAAUGUUUGUCUUGUUAUUUUCACUGAGAAAAGGUCAUUUUUAUGUCGUAUAAUGUCAUUCUACAUUGUAGUGAUGUCGGGUCAUGUGACUCUACGCAUGUUUUAGUUAACUUGAAUGAAUUUCCUUAUUUUGUAUUGAACAGACAGGAAUCAUGAACAUUGCUGAAUAACUGGAUACUACAGAUGGGUGACAAAUGAAAGGAAUGGAGUGGGUUCCAGAGACUAGGAGGUGUCUGUUUCCUUUAUAUUGUCACCCAUCUGUAUAUACUUACAUAUUUUCGUCAAUGUAGACAUGCGGAUAUGCUAAAUAUCCUGUUUAUGAGUUUAUGCUCCACAGUACAGCAAGCAUACAUUGCUACUGAACAAGUUAAUAAGCUACAAGUUUCUCUCCUGAUGCCAAAGUAUUUUGUUUUUAUUACUAUAAUUAUGGGUUUUGCACCGUUGAAUGUAUUUUACACUUAGGGUUGAAAUCAAAAUGUUAUUAUCAGUGCUUAUGUUGGUAUGGUUGUAAUGUAAGAAUAUCCUUUGUGACGUGUGUACUUGUUUAUAUGUCAUUGUGUUAUAGGAAUUUUUUUUUUUACAUUAAAGAUUAUUUCAGUUU